AUGUCGGCGCCGCUCAUGGAGAUGUACCUGUCGUACGGCAUCUCUGCUCUCAAGGGCAAGUGCCCGGCGCUGGCGGACGGCGUGACGGCCGUGCCAUCGUUCACGCUCUUGUCGCACAUGUCGCAGCCCAUCGGCCUGGACUACUUCGGUGUCUACGAUGGCUUCUUCGGCGCCUACUCCGCCAAGCAUUUUGCGGAGCGGCUGCACAUCGCCGUCGCCAUGGGGAUCCAUGACGAGCUGGUCGACGAACCCCCACGGUACCGGCAACACCCCGACGACCUUGAGGGGUGGUGGAGGAAGACCGUCCUGGAUGCGUUCCGCCUCGUGGACGAGGAGCUGGUCGCCAGGGUCAAGACUGGUAUUCCCGUCGGAUGCCCGGCUGUCUUCUCCCUGGUCCUGGAGAAGUACAUCGUGCUCGCCAACCGCGGCGCUGCCUGCAAGGCCGUGAUCUACCGCGGCGAGGAGGCCGUGCAGCUCACCUCCCAGCGCAGGCCUGAGGUACUUUUCUCUAAUUUCUCUUCAGUAUCAAGAAUUCAGAGGCUAGAUCUAGUGUUCAGGCCUUAUUUUCCAGAACCGAAGGUCCUAAGGGUGAAGCGGGAGCCACGAGAUAAGUUCCUCAUCCUAGCCACCGGAAGUUUCUGGGACAAGAUCACUCCAGCCGAGGCGUGCAACUACAUCCAGAAGAGGCUCCGCACGUUGCAGAUCAUGUCGUGCAAGACCUCAUUACACGACACGGGCUCACUGACCAUACUUGCAAAUGAGUUGGCUGAGUAUGCGAUCCUCAAGGGCUGCCAACGCAAUGUGACCAUCGUCAUCAUACUGUUCAAGAAUUUCCGGGACGAACAUCAUCCCGGAACUUCUAAGAAGUGA